AUGGAGUUUGAGAUUCCUCAAACAGAACAUGAAAAGGAAAAAGGGUAUGGUGGGUUAUUAGAUUGCAGUAUACCAAAUGGUUUUGAAAAUGAUUGUAAAUUAUCAGAUAUAAAAAAAAUCACAUCAUCAAUAAUUAAAGAAGCGUCAUUAGACCCUCUUAUUUUAUACUCAGAACCAAACAAAUAUGGAUAUUUACAUUUAGCAGCACAAAAAAAAGUAUUAUCAAAUUCUAUUUGUCAAAUUGCGAUUUCAUUAGUUAAAUAUAAUCUUGAAUCUUUAAAUUCAGACCAAUGUAAACAAUACAGAAGUACUUUAAAAAUGAUUAUUUAUCUAGAAAGUCUUAUUGACAUUGAUCAACUUGUUAUUAAGAGUGUCAUUGAUGUUUUACAAUUACCGUUUGAUAGUAUUUUUACAUCACCUGAUACCUUCUUUUUAGAUACUAUAAGGCAAAUAGCAACAAAGGGAAUAAAAACAAUUGACAGUGAAUUUUUAAAUAAAGUCUUUAUUCAACUAACAAAUCUUAAUCAUAUAGAAGGGAUUGUUACAGGACUUAUACAAUUAUUAAGUGAAGAUAAUGAUAUUAUUAAAAUUGCUAACUCCAUUCUUCGUAAUAAUAGUCCAGUAUUACAAAAAUUUCUUAGACAAUUACUUUCUAUUGAUACCAUAAAUCCAAAAUUACUAAAAAGUAUUUCUAUCUUAUUUCCUUUACUACCUGAGUUAGUUCCUGAAAGUAAAUUAAAAUUACCGAGUAUUCUUCAUUGUUUAUUAGAUCAACAAGAACAUAUACUUCGUAAUGCUGUAAUUGAGUGUUAUGCUAAUAUUCUUCUUGAUACCCCAAAUGAUCAGUUAUAUGAUUGUCUUACUGAAAGAUUUCAUGACAUUAAUUCAUUUGUAAGAGUUAAAGUAUUACAAAUGUGGCAAAUGCUUGUUGAACAUAGAUGUAUCCCACUAGAACGAUUUAAUAAAUUAACUUCUAGUGCUGUUGAACGUUUAAAUGACAAAUCAACACCAGUAAGAAAAAAUGCAAUUUCAUUAUUACAAGCAAUGCUAGUAUUUAAUCCAUAUUCAGUUAUAUUAAGAAGAGACCUUUUUGAAUCGAAGUUACAAGAAACUGCUGAAAUGUUAAAAGAAAAUGUAAAGGAAGAAAACAAAGAUGACAGUGAAGAAGAAGAAGAAGAACAAGAAUUUACUGUUCCAGUUAAUAAAAUUUUAGAGAUAUUUGAAGGAACUGGAUUUCAACAUGUCGCAGAUACUGAAUUACUUGAAGCUAAAAAACAAGAAGUUUUAAAAAAUUUUAUUGAGUGGUUAAAAAAUUCAAUUGAAUUUAUUAGUGUAUUUGAAGAGGCUGUUGAUUCUGUUGAAAGAAUAUUGGAAUCAACAUCAGUGUUAGAUCUUAAAGAAGCAAUUAAAUUCUUUGGAAGUAUUUGUCAAUACAAAAUACCUAAAGGAGCAAGAGCACUAAAGAAAACAUUAGAACUAUUAUUUUCUAAAGAAGUUGAUGUUCAAAAUGUUAUUGUUGAAGCAGUUUCUAAAGCUCUUUGUGAAGAAUCUCCACAAAAUACAGUAAAUAAUUUAUUAAUUAUGACAAAUGGAUCAAAUAUUGGAGAAGAAUUAUGUAUUAAGAAAUUAGUUGAAUUGCUUAUUCAAAAAAAAGUUAUUGGACCAACAGAAAUUGAUUAUUUAUGGGCAUAUAUGGCUGGUAAAUUACCAAGUGGAGGAGACAUGGAGGCACUUACUGCAUUAACACUAUUAUCUUUUAUUGGAGCUGCAAAACCAUCAUUAAUAUUAAACAAAAUAUCAUUAUUAAAUUCAAUUUGCUUCAAAAAAGGACAACUUCCUACAUUUAUAUAUAGAGGAUGUCAAGUUUUAUAUCAAUUAUAUGAUGAAAAGAAUGAGUUAGAAAAGAUUAGUGCAAAUGAUCCAACUAUAAUUCAAAUAAUGGAUUGUCUUGAUGAAACAAUGGGGUCAAACACAUGGAUUGCUUUAUGCCAAUUAGUUCUUGACCUUGUUUAUAAAGCAGUUGAUAAUCCAAAUGAAAUAGGGAAAGAAAUUAUUUUAAGAAGAGUUGCUGAAGUUGGAAAAAGUUCUAAAGUAUCAAACGUUAGUAAAUUAUUGUCUGCUGUUGGAGGAGUAGCAAGAAAACAAGGAGAGAUAUAUGAAAAAAUGAAAGAAGGUGUUGUAGAUGAAGUUGAGAAAAAAAAAGGAAAGAAGGGAAAACGGAUUAGUGUUGCGUGUGAAAAUAAAAUUCAUGAAGUUGUUGGUGAAGUGUUAGAAGAUGGGUUAUUAGGAGAGUUUGUACCAAUUAUAAAUGACUAUUGUAAAGAUAUUAUUGAAGGAAAAUAUAAUGAAGAUAAUUUCUUAACAUUCAGAGCUGUUGUGGUUAACUCUUUAUGUUCUUUUAUGAUGGUUAGUCAACAUUAUUGUGAAGAACAUCUUCAAGAAUUAUUUACUAUAUUAGAAAAUACACAAGAUGAAUGUGUUAGAAGUAAUAUUGUUUAUUAUGUUGGAGACUUUGCAUGUAGAUAUCCAAAUCUGUUAGAAGGAUGGAUUAAAUAUCUUUAUGGGCGUUUAAAAGAUCCAAGUGCAUUAGUUAGGAGAAGUGCAGUUAUUGUAUUAAGUGAAUUAAUAUUUCAUGAUAUUAUUAAGGUAAAAGGGUCAAUAUAUUUGAUGGGACUUGCACUUGUUGAUGAUGAAGAAAGAGUUAGAGAUUUGGCUCAUACAUUUUUCCAAGAAUAUUCAUCAAAAACAAAUGCCAUUUACAAUGUUCUUCCUGACCUUAUUUCAUCACUUGGAAAUGAGGAUAUUAGUAAAGAACAUUUUAGAUAUAUUAUUAAAUACAUCUUUUCAUUUAUUUCAAAAGAUAAACAACAUGAACAAUUAAUGAAUAAAUUAUGUUCAAGAUUUACUAUGAAUGAACAAACACCAAAACAAUGGGAAUAUACUGCUUAUUGUUUAUCUCUCUUAUCAUAUAAUGAAAAAACAUUAAAAAAAUUAAUCAGCUCAGUAAAAAUUUUUGGAAAUAAAUUACAUAUUACAGAAGUUAAAGAAGCUUUCAUAUCUUUAUGUCAACGACUAAGGAAGUUUGCUAAACCAGAAAUGAAAGUAUUAAUUGAAGAGUUUGAAAAAAUAAUCAUCAAAGAAGGAGGUGAAGAUGAACUUAAUGAAAAAGAAGAAGAAAAUAAUAAUCAAGAAAUGUCAGAAGAACAAAAUUAUGAUGAAUGA